AUGGAGGGAUCUGACGCGUCUGUCUGUGUCGGAGGAGGUUCAUCUCCUGGCGUUUUGCCGACACUAACAGUCACCUAUCACCGUACAAUGCAUCUGCAGUCACUGCCGUCGCAUAAGCGUUUCUCGUCCUCGUUUUCGGAAUCUCCUUCCUGCGCUAUUUCACGCCUCUUUUCGGAUUUAGCGGUGCCAGCCCCAGCGGGUCCGAGUUCAACUCAUUCGAGCUCCUCACGGGCUCCUUUUUCUUCCGUUUGUUCCGUUCUUUCGUCGUUGCUUCGUGCGCGUUCUUGCGUGGAACGCGAAGUUUUCCUCAACGUUGACGUUAUUUUUCUUCGCGUUUACUCUCUGCUGACCAACCUCCGCAUUUCUUUCAAUCCCUCAACGUACCCGGCGGCUCAGGCUCUUGGAGAUUUGCCGGCGGCGUUCUACAAUGACGGAGUCCUUGAUUCGCACCAUCUUCAGCUUCUCUUCCAAGCAGAACGAGAUCUUGACGCCCUCGGUUCAUCCUCGGAGGCGCCUCUUUCUACUCGCCUCACCCGCCUGCAAGCUGAUUCGGCUGCUCUGUCCGCAUUUAUUGACUUAAAGUUGUCGGAAGUCCUCGACUUCACCCUUUGGUGCAGUGAACCGUGCUACGCCAAGUUCACUUCGCAGGUGUACAGACACUCGCUGCCAAGCGUGUACGCGAGUCCUUAUUUGUACAGGAGGCGGCGGAAUGCCAUGACGCGGUUCCAGGGUACUGACAACGUGCAGAUUCUAAGGAAUUUAGUCGAAAUUUUGGAGCGCCUGGAUCUGGACAGCGAGCCGGAGCAAGAAGAUAGCUCUAUUCCUCCCGGCGCUCCGGGCACAGCCCCGGCGGGAAGGGAGUCGGCAACACCUCCCGCUCCUCUUUUGCGUCCCCGCUUUCUUCUUUGUGAUAGGCCUACCAAAGCGGACGUGAAGCUUUACGCCUACCUUUCUGUGCUCUUCCAGAUACCGUCUGAAUACACGCCCUGGUACGGCGCAUCGGCCUGCGGGUUCAUACCGAACGCCAAGCACAGCAAAACGGGGGCCGCCGCGCGUACAGGCUGCGGAAGUGGGAAAGGGUCCAUUUCUUUUUUUCAUCAAGCAGAGCCGAGCGACGAAAACGGAAACGUGUCGACGUCGCCGUCCUCUCCCGUCGAUGAGCUGUCGUGUUUGGAGAAGGGAGUUGGGUGCUCCGAAGCAGCGAGUCCAGAGCCGCUCUUGAAGGAUCUGACGCGCCCUUCCGCCUCGGAGUCGAAGGACGGGCAAUCGAGGGCAAAGGCGUCGCUCGUGCUCCACGCUUCACUGACGACCCCUGUGGUUUCUCAGUCGCCCUUCCUGCGCGUUCUGCAGCACGAGCAAGAAAUUCUUUCGCGUCUUGCCGUCCUCCUGCCCGCGGCACGUCGGUAUCUUCGCAUGUUUGACGAUUUCCUCGCUGCGAAAUCAGCGGCGGCAUCGGGCGGGCAGGCGCGUGCUCCGCGUGCGGGCGCCCCUCGGGUUCCGGGACGGCAGAGCGGCUCGAGUGCUUCCGCGCCACAGGGGCCAGGCGCGGAUUCAUUCGCCUUGCCGCCGGCGAAAGCCGUCUACGCAUGCCCAGCCGCCCGCAAUCGUGAAAUUUUGGAGGAAGGAGACAGUCUUGCUUUGUACGGAAAAGCCCACGACGAAAGAGAGCGCGCCGCGCUGAAGUGGAACACGUUUCCGACGCUCGUGGCCGCCGCGGCGACGGCCGGGCUCGUGUAUCUUUGUACGCAGUCCAGGGCGUGA